UACCUACCUCUAACUACUUCUUGUUGUCUGGGUCAUUUGUGCCUGAAUAAGUAUAAAAGCAAAUGAGCGGCUGCAAAACGGUAUCAAUUGAAUUCCAACCACAUUCAACACAGACCUCCUAAGCAAACCAAACAAAAAUCAAAAUGUUCAAGUUGGUGGUGUUGUCUGUUCUCUUCGCUGUAGCUCCUGCCCGUCCAGGACUCUUGCAUUCAUCCCCAGUCGUCUACUCUGCUCCCAUUAUUCAGGAGCACAGUUACGCCAAUGUUGGAUCUAUCGUCAAGAGUGUACCGACCGCUGUUUCGCAUCAAAGCUCAACUGUAGUACAUGACCAAGCCCACUAUGUGCAACCCAUCGUUGCACCCGUAGUCAAGACCUAUGCUGCUCCUUUAGUCCAAACUUACCAUUCAGCUCCAAUCCUUAAGACUUACGCUGCUGCUGGUCCAGCUCAUUACACCUAUGGUGCUGCUCCAUUGGCUUAUGCUUCCGCGUGGUAAAAUUCCUGACGGGUCGUUGGACCAAAAAAUUGUUGAUCUUUUUUGUAAUAACUGAGAAUAAAUUUAAAAAAUAACACUCGAAAA